AUGGCGUCUGCGCCUAAGUCAUCCAAAGCGUUGGUGUCUCUUUGGUCUCCAAUCCAUUGGUUACUCGGCGCCAUCUCUUAUCACAUGCCACUGUCGAGAGGAAGUGGUGUGUAUACGUGGUUGUUGGGAAAUCGGAAAAUGUCGUUCAUAAAGACUAUCUUUCCCGCCACAAAACGUCGUAAGACGGACACGAAUGCGUUUGUGCAGCCACAACCUCCUGGGUCAAAAACUACCCCGCAAGAAACCGCUUCGUCGAAUCUACCGAAUGCACCAAGAGAGCUACGCACACAUACAGUCACAAGGAGUCCUGUCUUUGAUUCGUUUUGUACAUCAAGUGAGCGGGAACUUCGUCCCGACAUGCUUAGAAUGGUACUGAUAGAAGCUGAACAACGUGUACUAUUCGACACAGCUUCAAUUGUUCCGGUUGGAAACAGAGUUCUCCCAUCAAAUGCUCAGUUAUCGGCUUGCAAAAAGUUUCAAUUUCUCAAACGGCGCCGAGAUAUAGCGACAAUUUCACAAAUGCUGUUUGGAGCAAUGCCAACAGCAGUAGGCAACGAUUCAUUCAAAAUUCACACCAUUCCCGACGAUCAACGGCUUCUUGUCAGUCGCUUAUUUAUGAUACCGCGAUUGAGCUCAAAGGAUAUGCGAGUUGCAGCAGAUUCGCUAGAGUCAUCGGAUUCGGAGUCACACUAUAUCACCGUGCGAUCCAUGGAUAGUAUAAAUGGACUUCAGCAGAAGCACGGUUGUAUCUCAUCAACUGCGCCACCCGAAGCCUUCAAACGAAUUCGAAAUGCUAGUCUACAACUUGACGACGAGACAACUGAGGAAGCUCGUCCGUUUUCGCCGCCAACUGCAUUUCGUCUCUCUCGCGAUCGUCGCUUACAAAUGUCUCACAAAACAAGUCUUUGCGAACAAUCUCCAUCGACACGCUGGAAGUCGCGUUCGCGUCUGAGUUCAUGCGGCUCACAGACCGAUGACGAACAUGGCCGCCAAGUUGGACUUGGCAUCAUGCUGAAUUCUGCUGAGAAGAAUUUUUUGUUCCAGCAUAUCCCUCUCGUUGAAGCGGAAAUGUCACGUCUCGAAAUGCGCAUCACAAAUGCGGCAGCCUGCUCGGCCACGUUUUUUGUCAAUGUUUAUAAGGCAUGGCAGGAGUUUUGCAAAUCAGUUUGUCAACUACAUAACACUCCACGACUUCGUCAUCCUGUAUGGUUGAGCUUGCUCGAACGCGAUCACAACGAGAACGUUGUUGUGGCGGAUUUCUGUCGGCAACUGACACGACUGGUGGAAAAACUCGAUACGAAGCAUACCAAAUUCUUUUUGUCGAAUGUAAUCUCGACUGUUCUGAUGCAUCAUAUGUCGUGGGUGGCAAGCGUUGCACCACCAUUACAUGCUCCAACACAUAUUCAAGAGAGAAAUCCGCUUGUUGGUUCGAAUCACAACGAUGAAGCCCAUUGUAUGCCAUACAACGCACAAAUCGCCCAGUAUCUAGAGAUCAGUGGUAGCGUAGGAAGCGCUCAUCGAAUGGCGAAGACGGUUGUAACCGGUACGGAUACCGAUCUAAUUACAUGCAUCUUGCAAGUCCUUUCGUAUUUUGUGAGAUGCUCAGCUAUACAUGAAAAAGAGGACGAGCGUUGCUAUCAGCUGCCCAUCGCUCAGUCAUUCUCUCCAUGUGCAGCGGCUACACCAGAAUCACUUGCUAGUCCCUCGUCGGAAUGCCCACUUGAUGUUAUUGGCAGCCCUACCAAAGGUGUUGAUGACGAUGUGCUUUCGUCCUGUUCUUUGGAAUCUUUGCCUUCAGUGAUAGGUAAUCGAAGUCGCGAAGCACACAACAAUUCUACUUCCAAUGACAUCUUCGCGACCAUGACACCCGCAGAUGGACUGGGCCGUUCGUUACUGGCUGGCCCUUCGUCGGAAUACUCUUCACAUUUCGUGCUGUCUGGCCUUGUUGGGAGCCCUACAGAUAUUAAUGAAGCGUUUGUGAAAAUGAUUGACGAUGUCCGUUGUGAGGACACAGCUUGUCAUAGAGCUGCAGCUUUAUCGCUAUCAUCAUCCAUGUCCUCGUCGUCCGUGUGUGGAGACGCCGCUCAAAUUCCCGAUAAUGUGAUAAUUUUGGCCGAUACACAAACAUGGAGUGUGCAGGUGGCAUCUAAUGAAGGUUGGGGUGAGGUUGUUUCACCAUCGGAGGCAAUAGUGUCAAUGUUGGAACAGUUUUGCGAUCUCUACCAUGUUGGCUAUGCACCCAGACUGUUAAUCAGCUAUCUGGAAGAUUCACUAUCUGAUGUGCUCGGCAAAAGCUUGAGCCUCGUGGAAAUUGUCUCACGUGAUUCACCGUCGUCAGAGAGUCCACUAUCACCAGAGCGCGUUCGCUCUAUAGUGGACUGUGAUCACUCCGACCUACGUCUGAUUUUGAAUGUAGCAUCAGUCUACUACCCGCCUGUGCUAGCAUCUGUAGUUUAACGAGAAUACCGUUACAGUGGUAUAGGUCUCGUCAUAAGAUACUUUUUUUGGCUUUUUGGGGGCUUGUAAAUUUGUGAUACGUUAACCUACUGGCCUUGAGGCCGUAUUGCUGCUUUUUGCUCCACUACUCGCUCACUGAAGCUGUUGGGAAAUGGUUAUUUAAUUUGAUUUGCUUUAUCAAGCCUUUCCUCCUUGUUGCUUUGCCUUCUUACAUGCCAUUUCGCUUGUACAUACAAAAAUUUUUUUGGAAAUAUCUAUUGUUUUUUUUGUUUUCAUUCUCAAGAGUUCUAUGACAGCAAUGUUAAUAUCUGUAAAACACUUUCCAGUUGGCUUUUACCAUGACCAUAUGUUACUAUCCAAAAUAUGAGAUCGUUGUUAAUUUGUGCUCCGGUUGGCAUCGUUCCUCUAUUUUGAGGUAGUGCACACAGGGAGUGUUGUGUAUAUGCAAAAAGUUGAGAUUUAUACCGUCGCUUUUUGUCAAAUUAGGCUAUAAUAUUGUACAGUUUGAGAGCGACGGGAUGAAUUUUGAACUCAAAGACGACAACAGCUGCAAAUAUUUUUUUGCGAAGCAUAGAAUCUAUGCGAAUAGACUUGCACAAAUUUUUUCGAAGUCGAUUUUCCACUAGAACGCUUUUCGGCUGUUGUUUGUCUCAAGCUCAACACAAGCUGGUGUACUCUCCAAUUCGGGUGGAUCAAAACGAUUUGCUUAAAUAGCGACCGGUGCUAUAGGUUAUGUAUACCUCUUUUAUAUGUAUGUAUAACAAAUCAUUAAUAAUAAGUUAUUGUCAUUGUAAUCGUUUAAGGCUGAUAUGCAAUGAUGCUGUUAUUCUUAGCGGAUGAAUUGCAAUGUAUCUACUGCCAUGUUUUACCCACAGCGUCCGUUCAUGUUUUCGAGCACCCUGCCGUAUAUGCGAUUUCCUUGCUCCUCACUCUGUUGUACAUCUCUCUAUACUCUCUACUUUCGCCACGAACGCUCCACACCAUUCACAGUUGAUUCUUUCAAACGAGAUGAGAUUUCAUAUAUAUUCAUUAUAUAUCAAUGUUGUAUCUAUCUAUGCGCAUAUCCUUGUUCAGAGGUGUUAGAUAUGGUCUUCACAAAGGAAUUUAUUCAAGCUUGAAUUUUGUGUACAGUUAAGCUCAAUGUUGUUCUUAUCACUAUCGUUAUCACUAAAUUACUAUACGCAAUUUUUUACACUUGCUUUUGCGUUUGCUCAUGUUUGGGAGAUAUAUAGCGAUUUCGCUGAUGUAAUAUAUUCAUUAAUAUAAUAAAGUAAUUGGUUC